UGUCUGCAAGCCAAUUGUUAUAGAAAUUUGCAAUAAUUUAAUUUACACAUAAAUAUCGCACCGUCGGGAGCUUUUUGUUGUUUAGAUUAGUUUGUGGCCAAUACAGACAUGGAAAAAGAUAAUGACGAAACAAACAACGAUGAAAGGAGCCGCCCGAAAACCGAUCAGGAGCAAGAAAAAGAAAAGUCCAGGGCAGAAAUCACCGACGUAUGCACCCCAGCGUCUUCGCAAAUUCAGGCCGAAAAAGAAACCGGCGGCAGACAGGGCAAUGUCCCUAAAGAAAAGAGGAAAUGCUGUAGCCACAAACUACGUAAACAGGAUCCGAGCAAAGCUCAAAUGGUCGUACAGCCAGGCGCAACAGCGGACCAAGAUAGGCCAAAUUAUCCAAAUGAACAAUACGAGAUCGGACCGCAACCGGGUACGUCACAAGUUUUGGACAAAGCGAGUUAUAAGAUAGUACAGUGUUCAGAAGAAGAAAAAGUCCCAAGUACCUCAGAAAAAAUGGGUCAUAGUCUGGAAGGUGGUGCUACAGAUAUGACAGUACAUCGCGGUGUCUUGCAGAGGCCGAGCGACGCUGAAUCAGUAGAACAAUGGUCCAGUAUGGCACAGGAGCAGAGUGAAAUCAAAUUAAUCGAACAACGUUCCAGCAUCACCCAGGAAUCGAGUGAAAUUGAAUUUUUGGUCGGACAACUUUCCAGUCUCACACAGGAGUCAAGCGGAACACAGUUAGGUGAACAACGUUCCAGUAUCCCACAGAGGUCUGACGGUACUAAAUCAUUAGAACAAGAGAGAAUCGAUGCUGUAGCCCGACAGCGUUCAAGAAGUUCGCUACAGUUGAGUGAGGCGUCUUCCCCUGACUCAAAAAGGUCCAUCCAGUCUGAAACCUCGCUCGAGAGUUCCUCUACAGAUACGAUUUUAAAUUUUCCCAUCGACAAUGCUGAUGAUUAUUUCAUUUCCCUAAAAGAUGACGAGCAGCGGUCCAGUUCUCUGGAAAGGAAGAGAACUCGAAUUGACGCAAUGAAAAUCGCCGAACCGCUGCCUUCAAAGAAACCCAGGCUCGAGUACGAAAACAAAGAUUUCGACACUUCAGACGACGCCGAACACAAUCGACCGGAAGACGGUAUCUUGGUAGAAGUUUCUUUAAAAACCAACGACGUUCUCGAAAUGCCAGAUGGAGAAGCUGCCUCGCCUGCAACUACCAAGCCGUUGACACCUAAGACGAAGGAAAGCGUCAAAGUGGCGAACCCGACUACAGACCGAAAAAUGAAGAAGCCCAAACACCCAAAAAGACUCCCGAUACUGCUGGAAGCGCCGGUCACGGAAAAAUACACAGUGUUCAUGAAAAACGACAGAUGGAAAGUGGUCGGAGGCGGAAUGCAAGGAUGGAGAAUCAGGAUGGAAGAUGCGCACGUCACUUUACUCGAAACGCCUUUGGAUCCGACCGUCGCGUUCUUCGGUGUUUUCGACGGUCACGGAGGCAACGAAGUCUCCAACUACGUCGCCCGACACCUGUACAAAUUCAUCUUACAGAGCGAUCGUUUUCACCUUGGGGAGAUCGACAUCGCGAUAAAAGAAGGCUACAUGAACAUCGACAACCACAUGAGGGAAAACGACAUCGGCAAGUUCCGCCAGGGUACGACUGCCAUCACCCUGAUGAUCAAAGACCAAACGGUUUACUGCGCCAACGUCGGCGAUUCUAGGGCGAUCGCGGUGAUCGACGGAGAAGUCGUCCCACUCUCCGAGGACCAGAAGCCGACGCUCCCCGAAGAGGCGAAGAGGAUCGGCAUGGCAGGUCUGCCCAUUCUGAACAACCGGGUCAGCGGAGGCUUGGCCAUGUCCAGGUCCUUGGGGGAUUUCAGGUACAAGUCCUUCCGCCACUUGUCCGCUCUGCAGCAGCCGGUCAUAGCACAGCCGGAGAUCGUCAAAAAAAGCCUGACCGACUCUUGGGAGUUCGUCGUCAUCGCGUGCGACGGCAUCUGGGACGUCAUGUCCAACGAUCUUGUCGCGGCUUUCGUCAAAGAUAAAAUCAAAAACGAUAUCAACCUCAGCGAAAUCUGCGAAUCACUCUUCAUGAAAUGCCUCGCCCCCUCGGCGUUUUUUCCGAACAAAGGUUGCGACAAUAUGACCGCCAUCAUCAUCCUCUUCUCAGAAGAAUUGACAAAGACAACUUGUCUCCGCUCCAUCACAGAUAAAGAAGAAUGUAAACAGAAAUUAAGUGUUAACGGAUAGAUGAGGAAAUGUACAAUUUGGUCCGAACCCAAUUAACUAAAGAUUUUAUAAGGUUAAUUUGAAAUAUAACGUGUUUGUUUUCGCUUCACAUGACCCACUCUAA